AUGAGUAAACAUCAAAGACACUGCUUUGCACCUGGAUGCAAUGGGGGAUAUGUUUCGGCCUGCAAACAAGGGAAGAAAGUGUCUCUCUUCUCUGCUCCCUUUGACGAUGAACGGCGCAAGGCCUGGGAGCGUGCGAUUCCUCACGCUGACAAACCGCUGGAGAAGAGCUGCGUUGUGUGCGAGGCUCAUUUCGACGAAAGAUUCAUCGUCCGUAGCUACAAGCAUGUUAUUAACGGUGAGCUUGCGGAAAUCCCCCGUGAUCGUCCUACUCUGACAGCCGACGCGAUCCCCACGAUAGUUCCGAAUGUGCCGGCUUACCUCUCGAAGUUGCCUGCAAAACGAGAGACGGUGUCGUCUAAUGGAGGUGCGACUUCCAAGCGAAGAAUGCUUGACUCCAUUCACGAGGAACUACCUAGUGCUGAAACGAACGUUCCAUCAAGUUCGAACUGCAAUGGCGUGUGCAAUAUCUUAGAGGACAUGGUGCAAGAUGACCUUCCAAGUAAAUACUGGGUGAAACACCUCAUCCCGAACGACACGAGUGUUGUAGCAUUCUCAGUGUGUGCGUCAAGAUGUGGAACUCUCUGCUUUGAAAAGCUGCUUUUGUGUUCAGGUAAUGCCUCGACUUUCCUUUGCACGGCUUAUGACAAGAAAGUGCUCAAUGUGACCAUGGGCUUGUGA